GGGUGACAUUUAGAGAACGCUGCAGCUCUGCGAGGAAGAGCGCAGACGAGGUAUGAAUCUGCAAGUACCAAAAGCUGAAGCAAAAACUGGCGGCAAAGCUCCCCUCAGAGCCGCAGCUCCUGGUUCUCCACACAAGGGCCCCCCGAAAUUCAAGCAGAGGAGCACCCGCCAGUUCAAGAGCAAGCCCCCCAAGAGGGGGGUCAUCGGUUUUGGGGAAGAAAUCCCCGGAAUGGAAGGACUCGGUACUGACAUCACAGUGAUCUGCCCGUGGGAAGCAUACAGUCAUCUAGAGCUACAUGAGCUAGCUCAGUACGGCAUCAUUUGAAAUUCUUUAUUGUGAAAUUAUUAGUUUUUUAUUGAUACAGCUG